AUGCUGCCACAACUCUUCCACUUUAGUAUCGAAGUUCUGAAGAUGAUCCUGCCAGUUUCCGAAAAAAUCGCUCCACCCUUCGUCUUGCAGCGUCGUUCUAAAUUUUCGAAACAGAUCGGAGUGAACGCCAAUGAAAGUAGCUCAAGCUCAUGAUUCAUUGUUGUAGAUCUUCUACCGUCAAACACGCAAGGAAGCUAUUUCUUGAAGAGUGUCUCGGUAGUUGUCAACAUCUUGCAUGCCAUGACGCCAUCACGAUAGAGAUAGUUACUGUAUGUGAGAAGUGAGCACCACGCUGGAGAGAAGUUCCGAGAAGGACGAGAAUGCAUGACAAAACGAAAUCGCCAUAAAGUCAGAUAUCCCUUUUGCGCCACUGUGUACUCCGCCUUUCCUCAAUGUCGCCGCGUAGGUUCCCCAGUGCAACCGUCCCCAUUCAUCCACACAGCCAGGAGCUGCUUGAUUAGCAUACCUCGCCGCCUUCUUAAUCCACCUAUGCAAAUUCCCAAUUUCUUCCUUCAAAUCCUCUACCACGUCCCGCAAGCGCGUAUCAGUGUGCCUGAUACGUGUUGUGACCUGGUUAUAACAGAGAUGCUCCUACUCAAUGCACCAAAUCAGAAAACACGACUCAGGCAAAGACGAUCAAUUUGACGAUGAUAGAGAGACGAUAAAGAAAAAUGGAGCGAAGACAAUUGACGUCACUAAUUACUGAAAUAACCGAGUUACUGACUGAAAUUAUAAGGGGCGUAGCUUAACAUCAAGGCUACCCUUCCUUCUCCUCAGGAGUCUCGCGGUUAUUCUGAUCAGUUACAACUUGCAAUGCAUAUUUCAGUUUUUCGAAAAUAAAAGAGAACGGAGCCUUCUAUCCUCAACAACAUUUUCUGACGAAGUCUUUUCCUACACAACGAGUCACAUCAAGUUGUACGUUGUUAAACGAAAGCAGUUCUUUGAUACUACUACUAGAAUAGCUUUUUGUGGGCGCUGGCUGGCUAUACACGCUGGGCAUCUGGGCACGCUUCGCGGCUAGGCACGCUAGAUUGGCGGCUGGGCGCGCUCGGCGGCUAUGCACGCUAGAUAAGCAGCUGGGUACGCUCGGCAGCUCCGCUCGGCGAACUUUUAGAGGGCCUUCUCUUUUAGCGCACGCUAGGGUAUUGGGCCACGUAAGCACUUCUACAACGCGAUUAUACCUCGUCGAAAAUCUUCUCGACGAACUCUCUGAGAUCCUCCGUAUCAGUGUCCUGCUCGUUUUGAUCGCGGUUAGGAUUUUCUAA